AUGUUCACCUAUCUCAAUAGUUCCUCCUUUAGGAGGUACCAGCUCGAUUGGGUAUGUGGCUUAGCCAUUCUAGUAUACUUUUUCGUGGUUGCUGAACACGCAAAGCCUUUUUUUCGUCAAUUUUCUUUGGAUGAUCCAACAAUUCAACAUCCUUUUGCCGUCCACGAACGAGUUUCAGGAAUCGCUUGCAUUCUUAUUUCGGCCAUAGUGCCCACCGUGGUCAUUCUAGGAAGCGUACUUGUCAAAACACGGAACUUUAGGUUGAGCAAUGACCAACUUCAUCUUAUACAAGUUUCAAUUUUGGGACUUUUGCUUUCAUUGGCGAUUUCCGGAACCGUCACUGAUAUCCUUAAAAACUGGAUAGCACGCCCAAGACCCGAUUUUCUUGCUCGUUGUGGCCCCAAGGAGGGAACCCCUGUAAAUCAGUUGGUGGGGGUCGAAGUGUGCACAUCUCCGUUGGGAAUUGCCGUGUUGAUCGACGGAAUGAGAUCAACACCUUCGGGCCACUCGUCCAUAUCCUUUGCUGGAAUGCUAUAUUUGACGUUGUGGCUCUAUGGUCAGACUCAGGUUUUCCUGAAAAGACAGCCGAUCUACUUGACGUUGGCGUGCUCAUUGCCGCUUCUUCUUUCAAGUUAUAUCGCCUUGAGCAGAACCCAAGAUUAUAGACACCAUUUUAUGGAUAUCGUUCUCGGAACAUCCCUAGGCGUAUUCAUGUCUGCCACCGUCUACCACCGGUAUUUCAACGGGAUUUUCAGCGAAGACUCAAACAAGGUCGCAGAAGAGGGAGAAGUAUUGCCUCUCUAUAAUAAUUAA